AUGGCAGAACCUACCGAUACUCAGUUAGAGGAGGCGAUUGAGGAAAUCCUUAAAAAUGCUGACCUAAAUGUCGUUACCGGUAAAAAGGUUCGCAGAACUUUAGAAGAUCGUUUCAAUAUUGAUCUGGAUGAUAGAAAAGAUCGAAUCGAUGAAAUGAUCAUGAAAUAUUUGCAGUCGCGUGCGAAAAAUUCCAAAGCGGCUGGGGAUGAGUCUGAUUCUGGCGAUAGCGUUAGCUCUCUUGAGGAAACCUCUCCUAAGCGUCGGAGGGCGUCGGAUGAUAAGUAUGCUCGUGCUGUUCAUGCGGAAGAAAAUGGAAUGCGACGUCGUAAAUCAGCUCCAAAGCCAAAGGAAGCUAAAAAGUCCAAGAGUGGUGGUGGCGGUGGUUUCACUGUCCCUGUCACUUUAUCUCCUGAAAUGGCCGAACAUGUAGGAGAGCCAGCAUUAACUAGGGCCCAACUUGUAAAGCACUUUUGGGCUGAGGCUAAAGAGAAGAAUCUAUUUGAUCCUGAGAAUCGACAAUUUGUCAUUUGUGACGAGAGUUGGAAAAAGCUGUUUGGCAAAAGCCGGUUCAAGAUGUUCGGUAUUUCAAAGCUGUUAAAUCAACAUAUUGUUAAGUAA